AUGGAUCCAUUGAAAGGCAAAGCUAAUUAUUCAAGAGUAUGUCAAUUGUUGGUAGAUAAAGGUGGAGAUGUUUUGAGAAAUGCUUUGCAUGCGGUGCAUCCACCUUCCACCUUAGCUUCCGUAUUGAAUGCUAACGUGAAGAGAGACCUUGCAGAGAAUACGAUACAGUCACCAGCCACCGGAUGGAAUGUGAUGCCUCCAGUCAGCGAUACUUCUAUAUCUGCAAAUAUUUUAAGAGUCAAAAUGUUUAGAAAAGAAGUCUAUGGUCAUAUUCCGACUGCUGGUUUGGACGACGUAACGUUUGAAACACUGUGGACGGAAAUUUCUGUUCCGUUAGUCAAAUUGGGAAUUCAUCAAAAUGCUAUUGAUGAAUUAAAGGUGGCUCCUCUUAGCCCUGAAGAAGAAAGUUAUAUUGAAAGAUUAAAAGAGUGGAAACAACAGGAGGAUGAUUUCAUGUCAAAAUUAAACGAUGUUGAAAGUAAAGUAGUCAAAUUAACUAAGAAAGUUGAAAAUGUUCAUCCCUCGCAUGUUGAGCAACUGGCUAAAUUUAACUUUACUGGAAAGAUUCGUGACCUUUGUAGAAAAUUUCAAGAUGGCACCAGAAAGUGGUUGUUUGAAAAACUUUCAAAUUGGUUUCGGAGUGAUGAAACCAGGGUCUUGAUCUUAACUGCAGGUCCAGGUGUUGGGAAAAGUGUUUUGUCUGCAAAGCUUUGCGAGGUGUUUAGAGAACGUGGUCAACUCGCAGCUCACCAUUUCUGUGACUUUCGAAAUUCUGAUUCCAGCAAUCCUCAGAGAAUCCUCCAGUCUCUUGCCAGUCAAAUGUGUGAUAAUGUUGAAGGAUUUCGUGAUAAACUAACUGAAAUUCUUCGUACGUGA